GCGAAAGAAAGCGCUUUGGUCUGCACAGACAGCAGUCAAGAGCCGACACUUGUGUGCACUUUUCGCACAAUCCAUUCCUUCGUGGCAGCGCGACAGUUGGUUGGGUGUCUACGCGUUCACAGCAAAAGUGUUCUUUAAGAGCUAGCAGCUAGAACAGUUCACAUGCGUCCGUUGAGCUGAACGCACGUGCCCGCUUCUGCAGCGCUUCUGGUGUGAUUUAGUUUUGGUAAAAAACACGAACAAAAAAUUGAAUCGAAUCUUAAAAUACCAAAGCAAACGCGCGUUCGUGUAACGGCAUUGGAGUUAAUGGACCCCUAAUAAACGAGUGAUUUGAACUGAAUUUCGUCUAUGUAGACUGUUUGACUGCAAUUAGUUUCCAAUUUGUAUUUCACUCGAAUUAAAUUGUAUUCUUACGCCAUUAAGAAAUCAUCGAUUGUGUUAGUGUGUUUGCGUGUGUGUGCGCUGUGCUUGCUUCCUGACUUGGUGCAACGGCUGUGUGGCGGUGGAAAUCAAUGCGGCGUGGCGGCAAACGAGUAUCUGAAACGAAGCGACUACACACAGUUGCAAAAAUAACAGCAAAUAACAGCAAAUUGUUGGAAUUUUACGAACUCCAUAGACACUCCAUAACAACCCAACUAGCAGCUGACAUAAGUGUUCAUGUUUCUUUGGCUUACCUAUGUGAGCGUGUCCAUGAAUGUGUGUCGGUUGCGCGGAAAUUGUAUCCGAUUUGACAGUAAGCAGCUGAUGUGCGCCGCGCCAGCAAAUGAGCUAGACAACCAGACCCAAUCACACAAUGCACAACAACAACAACCGAAACAACAUGUGGAGAAGUAGAUGUGGAAAUAUUUAUGGAAAUUCAUUGCUUGCGAGAAAAACGGAUGAAAAAGGCAGAAAAAUUAAUAGAAUAACAAUGCUUCAAACUCAAAUUAUGCCACUAACUUUAGAAGCAACAUGUUCCAGCUUGUAAUGCGGCAUGCAACAAGUUUGCCGAGGGCAUCGGUGACAAUGCCACAGGCGGUGGAGUCGCCAAGCCAGCCGGCAGCGGUUGCGGUGGCGGCGGAGUUGGAGUCGGGCGUGAACGAAGUCAACAAGGCGAUGCCGAGUUCUGUUGUGUCGGGCGAUGAAGUUUCGGCUGCUGCGGCGCAGUUGAUGCAGUUAUUGCCAGCGGAUGAGCUUCCGUCGGGCAGCACAGAAUGUGGGAAAGUUGGCGAAUUCUGCAAUUUGGCCGAUGAUUGUUGUACUAAGCGUUGUCUUAGUUAUGCUAAAAGAUGUGUGACCUAGAAAGAAAUUUAUUUAUUUAGUCAACUAUUUAUCUAUGUACUUAUAAAAAUUAAUUUUUAUGAAAUAAAUAUAUUUUAUGA